AUGAAUAACUUAGAUGGAAGUAAUAUAAAUAUAUCUGUUUUAUCAUCGAAUGAUGAAGUAAUAAAUACUUCAAAUACUGAUCAAAAUACUGAAAAUGAAAAUAAUAUUGAUCCAAAAGAUGGUUAUUCAUCACAUUAUACAUCGAUUUUUUAUCCAUUUGCAGGAAUGAUACGAGAUGUUAAAAUACGUUUACCUUAUUAUUUAUCUGAUUGGAAAUUAGCUAUAUCUUAUCGAAUAUUUGCUGCAACAAUUCGUAUCUUUUUUCUUAAUACAAUACCAGCAUUAGCUUAUGCUCUUGAUUUAUAUUUACGUAGUGAUCAUUAUUAUGGUGUUAAUGAAGCUUUACUUUCAUCAGCACUUGGAGGUAUUGUCUUUGGUCUAUUGGCUGUACAACCUAUUUCAAUAGUUGGUUUCACUGGUUUGAUUAGUUUAUUUAAUUAUACAACAUAUAAUAUAAUUAGUAGAUAUACUCAAGUACCUUAUUUAUCGUUUAUGUGUUGGGUAGCUAUAUGGGCAGCUAUUCUUCAUUGGCUUAUUGCUAUAUUUAAUAUGGUAACAUAUGUUCGUUAUAUGACAAAUUUUACUGCUGAAAUAUUUGGUUUUUAUGUUGGUAUUGUUUAUAUUCAAAAAGGUAUUGAAUUUAUUCUAGAUGAUUUUCGAGAAUCAUCAACAAAAGGUUUUAUGUCAGUGUUAGUUGCUUUUGGUUUCUUUUUUUCAUAUUGGAUAUUAACACAUAUCGGUCAAUCGAGUUAUUUUACACGAUCAAUUCGUGAUUUUCUUGUUGAUUAUGCUAUGAUUAUCAGUGUUAUUUUUUGGUCAGGUUUUACUUUCAUACCAGGUCAUUUACGUUCAACAAAUAUUGAACGUUUAUCAGUAACAUCUGCUUAUAAACCAACUAUAUCAAGUCGUUCAUGGUUUAUUAAUCCAUCUAAUUUAGAUGUUAAAUAUGUUUUUAUUGCAUUACCAUUUAGUUUACUUGUUACAGCUUUAUUUUAUUUUGAUCACAAUGUUUCAAGUUUAACAGCUCAAGCUAAACAUUAUCCAUUACGAAAACCAGCAGGAUUUCAUUGGGAUUUUUUUUUAUUAGGAUGGACAACAAUUAUAGCUGGUUUUCUUGGUUUACCAUAUCCAAAUGCACUUGUUCCACAAUGUGCUAUGCAUACAGAUGCACUUGGUCGUUGGAAAAUAACUGAAUCUGUUGAAAAUCAAGUACCAACAGCUGUUAUUACAACUCAUAAAUCACGUCGACCAGUACAAGAAUAUGUUUUAGUUAAAAUCAAAGAACAACGUUUAACAAAUACAUGUCAAAGUUUACUUUGUCUUAUUACAAUGACUGGUCCAUUUCUUAAAUGUUAUUCUUUAAUAUCACGUGCUGUAUUAGCUGGUGUAUUUAUUGGUAUUGGUUGGGGUUCAGUUGAAGUUAAUGCCAUAACACAUCAACUAUUACAUCUUAUACGUGAUCCUAAUCAUAUGAAAUUUGAUGAUUCACUUCUUCGACUUUCUCGUAAACGAAUUUUUAUGUAUACAUUAACAAUGUUAAUUGGUUUUGCUAUACUUUUUGCAAUAUCACAAACAAUAGCUGCUAUUGGAUUUCCUAUACUUGUUUUACUUUUAAUUCCAUUUCGAAUUAUAAUUUUAACAAAAUGGUUUACACAAGAAGAAUUAACUAUUCUUGAUUCACCUGUUGCAAGUUCACUUCCACUUGAUUCUAUUGGUGGUCUACCGGAAAUAUUGAAACCAAUAAAUUUAUAA